UUCACUUGCUCAUCUUUUAUAUAUAUCACCAAAGAUUGUACAAGAGUUCUAAGUACUCAAACAAAAUUCCAACAAUGGCUAAAGCAUGGAUGUGCAUUUCUUUCCUCAUCUUCCUCUACCUCUCCUCAGAAAGAAACUUCACCAAAGUCAACGCAGAGAUGAAGACUUGGUGUGUGGCUAAACCUUCUUCAGAUCAAGCAACACUUCUUGAUAACAUAAACUUCGCGUGCUCUCAUGUCGACUGUCGCGUUCUCUCGAGUGGAUGUCCAUGUUACUCCCCUGGUAACCUCAUCAACCAUGCUUCAAUCGCCAUGAAUCUUUAUUACCAAGCUAAUGGAAGAAACUACUGGAACUGCAAUUUCAAAAACUCUGGACUCAUCGUCAUAACUAAUCCUAGCUAUGGAAACUGCUACUAUCAAUACACAUGAGG